AUACAGACCGCUUUAAAUUCCAGUUUCUUAGUAGACAUUGCUUGCGUGUAAAUACAGCAAGUCUUUUACCAUUUGCCUUUUCCUCUUCGUUGGUGUAGUUUUUUUUUUCACUUCUCACUUCUCUUCAAUGGAAUCAUUUGAAAUAACAACAGCCAACAACAACAACAUCUAAAACAACACAUCGUUGAAUCCACUCAUUAUCUUGAUACUGGCGUUGAAGAGAAAAAAAACAUACCAACAACUACAUACAUAUAAAUAUCAUCGUGUAGCCACAAAAACAGAAUAUAUUCAAACAGCGAAACAAAAGAAAAAUUAUAAUAAACGAAACUUUUGCCAAUACGUCGGAGUAUCUUUCUUUUUUUUUAGAAAAAAAAUAGUACUAUUUAUGACCAACAAAAUAUAUGUACACAUCAGACAAUGAAUUCAGUAACAUUAUAAUAAUAUGACGUGAAAAUUGUGUAUCCGUUGAAAAAAUAUACAUGUUUAAUAGUGAUUCAUACAAUGGACUCGAUGUAGUUGUGGAUUUGCCGAAACUUGCAACAACAUUUUCUGUUUCUCUUCGUCAAAUUUCUUCUUCUUCGUCGUAUUUUUCGAUCUAUCGUGCAUAAUUAUUCGUUUGUUGUUUAGUCAUAGAAAAAAAAAACAUUUGUAAUCUCUUUUUGAUCAUUGAAUUUUGGAUUGUGUGUAUUUGUGUCUGCAUCUCGUUAAAUGUCUAUCUCGAUUGGACAUUUGAAGCAGCACCAGCUACCAUCAGAGCACCAUGAAAAAUGAUUAAUAAUGUGAUUUCAAAUAGUGCAGUUUUCAAUCGAAACACAACAUUUGGAUUAAAAUAAUAAUAAACUAGUUAGUUCUCUUUUGAAGUGAAAGAAAAAACCAAAAAAAAAAAAACAUUAAAGAAGACUUCAGUGUGUGUGUGUUUUUUUCGUCAAAUGCCAUGGUGAUGAUUUUACUUGUCAAAGAAAUGGUAAAUCACAUAUUGAAUGUAGCAGUGAUCAAGUCAAUGAUUAACAUUUGUGUAGUUUACAUAAUUUGUGGUCUUAUUUGGAAUAUCCGAAUCGUUGAAUGCAUUGAAGACGAAGAAGAGAAUGGUCCAUAUCAAGGAAAAUUCAUUGGAUCGCUGAAUUCAUUCCAUCAUCAAGUUUCGGGUAAAGUGUAUGCCGUCGACGAAUACACGUUUUUGUUAUCGGGCUUCAACUAUGAUGGUAACGGGGCCGAUACGUUUUUUUGGGCGGGUGCCUCAAAUCGGCCCGGUCCCCAAGGAUUUAUUGUGCCUGAUGAAUAUGGAAAAACCAAUGUUUUAGAUAGAUACUUCAACAAAGACUUCACCUUAAAACUUCCGGAUAAUAAAAAAAUUACCGAAAUCAAAUGGUUGGCCAUUUAUGACUUGAGCACACAAAAUGAUUUCGGUGAUGUUUACAUUCCGGAAUCAUUUGAACCGCCACGAUCGCAACGUGGCAGUAGUUUUUCGAAACGUAGUCAUGGCGUAACAAGUAGCCCAAUUGAGGUAAUCGAUUCAAAAACCAUUCGAAUACCGGAACUAUACUACGAUGGCACCGGUCGUAAAACAUAUUUUCUGGGCGGAGUUGGAGCUCAACCAUCAUCAAAAGGAACAAAAAUUCCGGACGAACUUGGAUAUUUGGAUCCGCUGCGAAAGUAUACUGGUGAAACGAUAACACUUGAAUUGCCCGGCGACCUGACCAUUUUUCAAAUAAAUUGGAUUAGUAUUUAUGAUUUGGAGACAAAUGAGAAUUUUGGAUCGGUGAUUAUAACCGAUGAUUUGAAUGUUCCACCAUCGCUCAUCAAAAUUCAACCGCAUACAACAUCAAUGCCAAAUUGUCGUCAAUUGCACAAAGAUUUUCGUGUGGGAUGGGAAGUAUUUGGGCCACAAAUCACAAUUGAAUUGGCCGGUCAGGUGAUGGAAGAUGAAUAUAUGUCAUUCGGACUAUCUGGUUCGGAAACAUCAAGCCAAAUGUCGGGCUCUGAUGUUGUUGUUGCAUAUAUUGAUGGCGCUCGUGGAUAUGCAGUCGAUUACAACAUUACAUCAUUGGCACCGUGUGUUCAAGUUUUGGGUCAAAAUAAGGGUGUUUGCCGGGAUGAUGUCGUUGGAGGCAUCGAUAGUUUUCAGAUUCACACACAUGCACGAGAAAAUGGUGUAAAUACGAUAACCUUUAGACGAACAUUGAUUUCCAAUGAUAAUGGCGAUAAAGAAUUUCGUCUUGACGCUCCCAUGUACACCGUUUGGGCGAUGGGAAAACUGGAUUCAAAUAAAGAGCCCGCUUUCCAUGACAUUUAUCCAAAGAAAGAUGUUAUUAUUAAUUUUAACACUACUGGCGAACCAUAUAAUGAUUGUUUCAGUUUUACAAGAAGCGAAACAACAAUCGAAGAAGUUUGGGAACGAACACAAAUUUUCGAUCGUUCAAUCAGAUCAUUUACGGCGACAUUGGGUCCAGCUGGUGGUAAACGUGGAUAUGCUGGAAUAACUGGUCAUGUUUCAAAUGGAUUGGCUUGGUAUAUCAAUGGCUUACUAAUUCCUGAACUUUGGUUACGACGUGGAUUAACCUAUUCGUUCAAAGUUAGAGGCGGUAAUAAUCCACAUUCACCAGAGCACUAUCAUCCAUUAGUCAUAACUGAUGAAAAAUCGGGCGGUUUUAAUCGAUUGACCGAAGCCAAACAGAAUGAAAUCCGUGUAUUGGCCGGCGUUGAAUUUACGAGACGAGGACGACCGAAACCAACCGCUGCUGGACCAUUAUGUUUCGGUCGACAUCCUGAUACAUUAGACAGACGGUUAGACGAUCGAUUUGCAACAUUUAAAAAAUACAAUCGAUCGCUAAGUUGGACAUGCGAACCAGGCGAUCCAGCUAUUCUCGAAAUAACACCAAAUUCAACGUGGCCAGAUGUUGUAUAUUACAACAGUUUUACACAUGCCAACAUGGGAUGGAAAAUACACAUUGUUGAUACGUAUAACAAGAAAAGCGCUGCUACUGCAACGAGCCACAAGACACAAUCUUUUUUUGUAAUUUGUUUGGUUGUCAUUAGUUUAGUCACAAAUAUAAGUUAAUGAAUUUAUGAAAAAGAUUAAAUAAAAACAAAACGAAGUAGUUGGACAAA